AUGUCUACUCCUGUAGAUUCCAGCCAUGACGCAGAACAGGCCAGAUUCCGCGCUGGGAUCGUGAAGGAGUUGAGAGAGGAGAUGCACGCUUUGUUUGUCUGUACCAAAUGCAGAACCAAAGGAAACAUAGUGGUAGUCACCGAUCACACAAUACCUUCGGGCGAGAUACUGGCAGGGGAUUCCUGGGCUUUAACGAUGAUUAAGAAAAAUACUCGCUAUGAGUUGCACCCUCCAAGAGAAAUACCAGACCUCUCGGGAAAAGAGUCGGCUGCUCAAUUGAGAAGAAUACUACAAUCGACACUCGAUGAAAUCAAAGAUUUAAAAGCAGAGCGCAGUUCUGCAGUUGGAGUCAUUGAGAAAAUGCGGAGUGAUCACCUAAAAGAAAUGUCACUGCAAGUAGAUAACUUCCAGAUGAGUAUUAAACAGAUAGAGAAUCAAAUACAGGGCGAGAGGCAGGAGACUAGCGAGAAGUUACGUCUAGCUGAUAAUAGGUGUAAAGCGCUACACGACAAGUCCGCUUCGCUAGACUCGAAGUAUCAAAAGACCUCAGAAAAUUUGAAGGAAGAGCAGAAGAAGAAUCUUGGACUGGCAUCUGAUUUGAAAAUUUUGAGCGGAGAAUAUCAGAAACUACGCUCAAAUCACGAAGCACUUCGAGAAACAAGCGAGAAGUUUAAGCCCCUUCUAAACAUUGGGAUAGCUAUGAGGCUGAGGUGGCUUGAGAACAUCCACUACAUGUUCGAAGGUCACAAUGGCAGAAUGCUAGAUGGAAGCAUUGUGGAGUCAGGGAAUGUCGCAGCUCAUGACCCUAAUUUCGAAGCAGACUCAUUGCUGGCACAGUACGCUGGACUUUCAGUUAGAUCUAGUGACCGUGUCAAUGAAAGCAUGCAGCGAAUAUAUGGGAAGAGACAUGUACCGACAUCAGCAGACACCUUACCUCCACCCGCAUACCUUUCCGCUCUGAUUUUUGUGCUGGACUGCAAGACCGCGGCUGCAAUUCAUCAAUCUCGCGAGCUCCUGUUGGACUAUCCAUAUCAUCAAAGGCUUCGCUUGAUUUUGAAAGAUAUGAUGGGUUUUUGGGAACGCGCAAAAUCACGCCAGGAAUUUGAAAGCAUCGCGAGAGUGGAGGAACUACGGAAAGAGGCGGCGCAGAUCUGGGAAGCCGUGCAAAUUGCAUUUAGGAAUAGCAAGCGGAGGAGCCGACCCCAAGAUUAA